GCGCCUUCAGCCGCGGCGCAGACCCGCCGACUUCCGUCCCGUUCCCCUGGAAUUCUAUUGCCCAGAAAAACGCCACCCCGCCAUUGCGACAUCGCAAACCCUCACGUCUGCGACUACCUCUUUUACCCUCUUCAACGCGAAACUCUUCCUUCGCCGUUUGCAAAGCCACGCGAGCCUACAGAAUACAAGCCGUGGCUCCCCAUACUCACCAAUAGUUCGAGUACGAUCCCGGGCGCGGGCAUAGAAAACCGUCGGCCUAUCUCGGAGCAACGACGGGACGAAUAGACAUACAUAACGAGUGAACGGGGAGCGAGAACCGUUCUAUCCGAGCCUUUCUUCCCUGCCUGCCUGGAUCUCCUCGCUGGCUACGUCCUAGGACCUCGCGGUGACACACUAGCAAAGAAACCGCCGCCAAACUGUUCGCCUCACGCUUGUUCGGGCGGACGACGCUACGGUCGAGCGCUGGGCUAUCCAUUGCGGCGGCUGCGACAGCGCUUCAGAAGACAUCUGCCACGGGAGUACAGCCCGCCGAGCUCGGAGUGAGAAGGAUGCAUAGCAAGGUCGUCAGUACGUUGGCCGCUGCCCCUCGUCUACCUACUUGGUUCCGGGUUUCCCUCCCCACGAACGGGGGGCCGUUGCUCUGUUGUUUUUGUGGUUAUCGUUGUGGCAGACAAGACGUGUGUGAUGAUGCUGACGCAAGGCCAUCAAUAGUUAUCGGCUCGGGGCCUGCGGCCCACACCGCAGCCGUGUACCUGGCCAGAGCGGAGUUGAAGCGUGAGUAACGACGCCUUGAACGGGUUUUCCGGUCGUUCCAUCGGAAGGAAUUGGGCGUCGCUGACCGGAGUGUGUCGAUCGAUUGCAGCCGUCAUGUACGAGGGCUUCAUGGCCAACGGCACCGCCGCUGGUGGGCAGCUGACCACGACGACCGAGGUCGAAAACUACCCGGGCUUCCCCAAGGGCAUCAUGGGCCAGGAGUUGAUGGACAACAUGCGCGCUCAGUCUGAGCGCUUCGGCACGGAAAUCAUCACCGACACGGUGACCAAGCUGGACCUCUCGGCGCGGCCCUUCAAGUACUCGACCGAGUUCAGCCCCGAGGAGACGCACACGGCCGACGCCGUGGUCAUCGCGACGGGCGCGUCGGCGCGGCGCCUCAACCUCCCCGGCGAGGACAAGUACUGGCAGAACGGCAUCUCGGCGUGCGCCGUGUGCGACGGCGCGCUGCCCAUCUUCCGCAACAAGCCCCUGUACGUCAUUGGCGGCGGCGACUCGGCCGCCGAGGAGGCCACCUUCCUCACAAAGUACGCCUCCAAGGUGGUGGUGCUCGUCCGCCGCGACGUCCUCCGCGCCAGCAAGACCAUGGCCCACCGCCUCCUCAACCACCCCAAGGCCGAGGUCCGCUUCCACUCGGCCGCCACCGAGGUCCGCGGCGGCGAGGACGGCCUCAUGAGCCACCUCGUCGUCAAGAACAGCGCCACCGGCCAGGAGGAGGUGGUCGAGGCCAGCGGCCUCUUCUACGCCAUCGGCCACGACCCCGCCACCGCCCUCGUCAAGGGCCAGCUCGACAUGGACGAGGACGGCUACAUCAAGACCAAGCCCGGCACCACCAUGACCAGCAUCGAGGGCGUCUUCGCCGCCGGCGACGUCCAGGACAAGCGCUACCGCCAGGCCAUUACCAGUGCCGGUACCGGUUGCAUGGCCGCCCUCGAGGCCGAGCACUUCCUCGCCGAGCAAGAGUCUUCGUAGAUCUACAGAGGUAGAAAGGAUAAAAAAAGCAGAGACAUAGACGAUGCGAACUUUUCGACGCAGUGUGGAAUAGACAGAGUUGUGUCUUCGCAUACAAUAUAAAAUUCAACAUGUCGGUCACAGAAACUAUCAUCAAGGCUUAUGAUAUCUUGAAGGGGUCAUGUAAUAGCACAUGCUAUUCCGUAGCUACUGUUAAAAAUACCAGGCUCUGUACCGUCC